AUGAAUGUGAAGUGCUUACAAUAUACCUGCGGAUGUAGUCAGAUAAACUUCAAGUCCCAAGAUCUCUGGGAGCUCAAUGCCUUCGAAGCCAUAAACCUCCUCCGGAUUUGGACAAACGGCCUUCGAUUGUUCCCCCACGUCGAACAACUCGGACUGUGGUAUUCAACCACCUACGAAUUUCGGUUCAUCCUCCCGCUAGCCGUCCUUCAUAGAAUCUCAAAAUAUGAGUUCUACCCCCGGCUCCGGCUGCUAUCUAUUGAUAACAACCAAAUCCAUUCCCAUGAAUUUGGAACCAUCAAACGGUUCAUGUACAAACAAGACAUUGAGGCUGCGAUCGCUUUAUCACCCGAAAAUAGAGAAUUUCUAGCGCCGGCUUGUAACCCGGGUCUAUACCAUGAAAACGCAAUCCCCUAUCCCCCCAGAGUCCAGAGUCUAUACAUAACCGACUCGGAUGGUGGCUCUUUCGACCUCUCAAGGGAGAUCAAUCCCCUCCCGACCCUGUUAUUUUCCCGCAUGGCCGCUUUGGGUGGUACUUUAAAAUAUCUUUUCAUCUCUACCGGAGCACUCCUCCAUAACGGUAGACUACCUUCUCCAAUUUUCCCAUCUGUUGAGGAACUCUGGAUACGCUUCUAUGGACCGGUGGGCGUGCCCAUAGAGGUCUACGAUGAGAUUGCCCUCCGCUUCCCAAGCCUUUCACACCUACGAAUAGACGAUUUCACAUGCGAUGGGUAUGAUGUCAUUGACGUGAUAGAUAUUUAUAUAUGCCUAUCUCGUAUCCAGAACCUUCGGAAGGCAUUGAUACCUUGGCCACGUUGGGCAUAUAAUAUGGACCUACCAGGUGACGAACUUGUAGAACACCUGGUGGCCGCUGAAGGGUUUGGGAAAAUUGACUACAUUGAUUUUAGAAGUUUGAAUUGCUUUUCCGAGGAAGGGUUGGAUGGGAAUAGACAGCCUAGGAUGUGUAGGGUUAGUAGGAAGGAAAGGAGAUUCUGGGAAAGGUAUUAUAUGCCUGGGCACUAUGUGGCCUUUGACGAUGAAUAUUGA